GCAAUCGUCAGAUGUCAAUGCCGAGAAACCACAGCUCUUGCGAAAUCUGGCAAGUGGUACCAUUAUUGCUUGGCAUUGACAGGGGACGCUCUGAUAUCUCCCCCAGCAGGAUCAGAAUCGUAUAAAGUGCCCCAAAAUCCAUGGUCAAUCUCUGUUUGGUGGUCCUCCUCGUCCUCUCCACCCCUCUCUAACUCCACCGUCACCAUUUUCUAGGGCUUACUCGACCUCUCUCACUUGCACCGUGCGAGAGAAAGAGCGUGGAGUGAGGCCGGAUCAACGACUAGUACUGGCACUAUAAAUAUUCUGAAUUUGUAUUUGGCAAUAAAUUCAAUCCGGCUUUGGCUUGUUUUGAUCCCCAGCGAUUACGAUGGCUCCGACGUCGGAUUUGGUGCGCACGCUUGAAUCCUUGCUGGGCAUUUCGCUGGGUGAUUCGGUUUCGGAUUCGUUGGUUGUCAUUGUUACAACCUCGGUGGCUCUUAUAAUUGGGCUAUUGGCAUUUGUUUGGAGAAAAUCGUCGGAUCGGAGCAAGGAGGUGAAGCCGGUGCCAGUGCCGAGUUUGUUGUCAGUGAAGGAGGAAGAGGAUGAUGUUGACGUUAACUCCGGGAAGACUAAGGUUACAGUUUUUUUUGGCACCCAGACUGGUACUGCUGAGGGCUUUGCGAAGGCUUUGGGAGAGGAGGUUAAGGCAAGGUAUGAGAAAGCAUCUGUCAAAGUUGUUGACCUGGAUGACUAUGCAGCAGAUGAUGAUCUAUACGGGGAGAAACUUAAGAAAGAGACACUUGCAUUUUUCAUGUUGGCCACCUACGGAGAUGGAGAGCCUACUGACAAUGCUGCAAGAUUUUACAAAUGGUUUAUUGAGGGAAAAGAUGAGCGGGGAGCGUGGCUUCAACAUCUCACAUAUGGUGUUUUUGGCCUUGGUAAUAGGCAAUAUGAGCAUUUUAAUAAGAUAGCUAAGGUCAUUGAUCAAGAAUUUAGUGAACAAGGUGCAAAACGCAUUGUUUCUGUUGGACUAGGUGAUGAUGAUCAAUCUAUUGAAGAUGAUUUUGCAGCUUGGAAGGAAUCUCUCUGGCCUGAGUUGGAUCAAUUGCUCCUAGAUGAGGAUGAUGUGAAUAAUGUCUCUACGCCUUAUACGGCUGCUAUACUGGAAUAUCGAGUAGUGAUUCAUGAUCCCACUGUCACAUCAUGCUAUAAUAAUCAUAUGAACAUGGCAAAUGGGAAUGCUGUGUUCGACAUUCAUCAUCCUUGCAGGGCCAAUGUUGCUGUUAGAAAAGAGCUUCACAAACCUGAGUCCGAUCGUUCUUGCAUACAUCUGGAGUUUGAUAUAUCAGGGACUGGAAUAUCAUAUGAAACUGGAGAUCAUGUGGGUGUUUAUGCUGAAAACUGUGAUGAGACUGUUGAAGAAGCUGGGAGGUUGUUGGAUAAAGAUUUAGAUCUCUUGUUUUCUCUUCACACUGAUAAUGAGGAUGGUACUCCUUUGGGAGGUUCUUUGCCGCCUCCUUUCCCUGGUCCUUGUACACUACGCACUGCAUUGGCUCAUCAUACUGAUCUCUUGAACCCUCCUCGAAAGGCUGCUUUAGUUGCUUUAGCUGCUUAUGCAUCUGAACCUAGUGAAGCUGAGAAAUUAAAGUUCCUAUCAUCUCCUCAGGGAAAGGAUGAGUACUCUAAAUGGGUGGUUGGAAGUCAAAGAAGUCUCCUUGAGGUAAUGGCUGAGUUUCCUUCAGUAAAACUUCCCCUAGGUUUGUUCUUUGCAGCAGUAGCCCCUCGGUUACAGCCUCGUUAUUAUUCAAUUUCAUCAUCUCCUAGGUUUGCACCACAAAGAGUACAUGUAACUUGUGCCUUGGUUCAUGGUCCAACUCCUACUGGCAGAAUCCACAAAGGAGUAUGUUCAACCUGGAUGAAGAAUGCUAUUCCCUUGGAGAAAAGUUCUGACUGUAGCUGGGCUCCUAUUUUUAUAAGGCCAUCAAAUUUCAAGUUACCAACUGAUCAUUCAAUUCCUAUAAUAAUGGUUGGACCUGGUACUGGCCUGGCACCUUUUAGGGGUUUUUUACAGGAAAGAUUGGCCCUCAAAGAGGAUGGUGCUCAACUUGGUCCUGCAUUACUCUUUUUUGGGUGUAGGAAUCGUCGAAUGGAUUUUAUUUAUGAAGAUGAGCUGAAGAAUUUUGUAGCACAAGGUGCUAUAUCAGAGUUGAUUGUUGCAUUCUCUAGGGAGGGACCUGACAAGGAGUAUGUUCAACACAAGAUGAUGGAUAAUGCAGCAGAUCUGUGGGGUCUGAUUUCUCAGGGAGGUUAUCUUUAUGUCUGUGGUGAUGCUAAGGGUAUGGCCAGAGAUGUUCAUAGGACUCUACAUACCAUUGUCCAGCAGCAGGAAAAUGUGGACUCAUCCAAGGCAGAGGCGAUAGUGAAAAAACUCCAAAUGGAUGGACGAUACCUUAGAGAUGUUUGGUGAUUUUUCUGAUUGUUUGUUGGUUGGGAACAAGUGUGGUAUCCUUGUUACCGUAAAGUAGUAAGGAGUUUUAGGAUGCUGAUGGUGGAGACCGAAAAGGGUUUUCUUGAGAAAAUGAAAUGAUUUUCUGGACCUGCCUCUUUAUGUUGAGAAAAUUAAUCAUUUUGAUUUUGUUACGACUCAUUCUUUAAACUUUAACUUCUCAUAACUUGGUUUUUAUAAUUUUAAAUCGGUUAUAAUUUAGUCCAUGAAUUUUGACUUGGUGUAACUCAGUCCUUAUAGUUUUAAACAUUUAAAUGUUGGUCCUUUUAUUUUAGCAAAAAAAUUGAAAAUAUUAAAAUUAUUUUAGAAUUUUAAUCUUUUAUAAUUAUAAAAUUAAUAUUUAUAAUUUUUUUAAAAUAUAAGAAUUAAUAUUUAAAAUUAUUAAAUUAUAAGGACUGAGUGACAAUGAAUUAAAGUUCGAGAAUUGAGUUGUAACCGAAUUAAAAUUAUAAAAAUUGAGUUAUAAUGAGUCAUAGUUGAGAGAUUGAGUUAUGAUUAAAUUAAAAAUUUAAAGAUUAAAUGAUUAAUUUUUUUUAAUAUUUUUUUCAUUCUAUAUUGUUGUGAUAGAUUAGACCUCUUCUGAGCUAGGGUUGACCGUAAGGGGGACUGAAUGAUAGGUAAUCUCGAGUCGGCAAACACAGGUUGCAAGAGCUAUGAAUAAUUGUUAGAUUGGCGAAACUAGUUGAUAAAGCUUGUGUAUAUUAUUGUACUGUCUCUCAUAAAGUAAUGUUAUAUUCUUUUUAUCUCAA